AUGCCAAGUAUCGUAGAGAGAAGCGCCACACACCUAAGUGGACUGACAAAACGUCAAUUCUAUGGUGGCGGUUACUGCAAUCCCAACUAUGAUGACUGCAGUGGAUACUCAACGGGUGCACGUGUCGGGACUGGCAUCGGAAUCGCAGCUGCAGUCAUCAUAAUCAUCUUGUUGAUCGGUAUCUGUGGAAGGCGAAGACGUAGAAGGCAGGCAAUGAGUACCACGCCAGCAUUUACUACAACUACCCCUUCAGGCUAUUACACCGGACAGCAAGGACAACAAACUCAAAACCUUCCACAGCAAUCUUAUCAACAAGGAAAUUAUGCUCAGGGUGGAUAUUACCCACAAGCUGGAAAUCAACAAGGCGGAUACCAAUAUCCUCCAAGCAAUUACGGCGCUCAACCCAAUUACGCUCCUCCUGAAGGACCACCUCCAGCCGCUGAUGCACCUUAUACUCCACCCACUGCACCUCCACCAGUGUACAGAGAGACAGAAAAGAAGGAGAGAGGAGUGGUGGUUUAA